ACACAUGAAUCCAACUGCUCCAACCGCCAUCUUAUCUGUGAUCCAAGUGCUUUCUGGGUUAAUUUGGAACAUGCGACGUAAACCUUUUGACUUUAAGCGAGACUUAAAAUUCUCUGUCUCGUUUUAAUGCCAAAAGAAAGACAGAGAGACAAAGUUUUAAGCCUCGUUUAAAAUCAAAGUAAUGUUGAUGCAAUCGGAUCUAAAUCAUCUAUUGUAAAUCCGGAUUUAUACCCACUCUAGUCCACGAGCUAUAAAACUUUUGUAUUAAGGAAACAUCUACGUCAGAUGAUUGCAGCUCUACAAAAAGCUACUCUCAAGGCGCACUCUUGAAAAAAAUGACACUUAUACGAAUAUCAGAGAAGGGAACGGACUUCAAGUGGUAUUUCUCAAAACAACAUUCUCCAUAUAUAUAGUCUGUAACGAACGCAUCCUGUACGCAUAACGGUUGAUGCGGCUGAAAAGUACGGAUGUGGAGCGAGUAACAGCGGUGCCUAACGGUGAUCGGUUUGGACUGCAAUGUCUUAGAAACGUGAAUUUCGUUGCAACUUGAACUUAAAGUUGGUUCGAUUCAUGAAUAUUCGUACCGUGACGAGAAUAUUAAAUAUAUGAUUGUUAACUAACGACUUCGUGUAAUAAUGUUAUUUGAAAUAACAUUGAUUUGUGCUUCUGUUGUGCUCAGCAUUGUUUUUUAUUAUAAAACGUGCUUGUUCUGCAACUUAAAAUAUUAUUAUCUUGGAUUAAAGUAUCAUGGUCACGAUAUAUUCAACGCCAGAUACAAUAAAAUAGAUUUAUUUCCAAAGCCGAAUAGAAUUGCAAUUGUAACUGGUGGUUCUAGAGGUAUAGGAGCAAAAAUAGUUAAGCAAUUGUUACAAUGUGACAUGGAAGUUAUAAUCGCUUGUAGAGUAAUUAGCGCGGGUGAAAAUAUUAUCCACCAGAUUAGAGAAUCUGGUGUCACUAGUGGACGAGCAAAAGUUUAUAACCUUGACAAUUCCUCUCUCGAAUCAGUGAAAAAAUUUGCAAAGCAAAUAAAAGCGGAUUAUGAUAAAAUUCAUAUAUUAAUUAAUAAUGCUGCUGUUAUGUUUUCUACCUAUAAAAAUACAGAAGACGGAUACGAAGAACAAUGGAUGGUAAACUAUUUAUCACAUUUUUUACUAACGUCUCUUCUUCUGCCAUUAUUAAAAACUGGCGGACAUCCGGAAGAUUGUAGUAGAAUUGUUAAUGUUACUUCAUGUGCUCAUGACGUCAGCACCAUAAAUUUUGACUACAUCAAUAAUUUCGACAAGGAAAUAAUUUGCAGGCAUGAUUCAUAUGGACAAAGUAAAUUAGCACAGACAAUGUCUACGAUAACAUUGCAGAAACUCUUUAAAGACAAAUCGUUGAAUAUAUUAGUAUAUUCCGUGCAUCCAGGCAUAGUGAAAACAGAUUUAUUCAAAGAAACUGUAUUAGCCUGGAACAAAUGGCUUAUGGCUGCAUGGAAGACAGCUGAUGAUGGAGCAACUACAGUAACGUAUGCUGCAAUUAGCAAAGAUCUUGAAAAAAAAGGUGGAAUAUAUACUAGUAAUUGUAAAGAAAUGGCUGUUCCUUCGUUAGCACUCGAAGAGGAAGUUCGGGAACGAUUAUUUAAAUUGUCCUUAAAACAAACACAUUUAGAAAAUUUUUUCCAAUAUUUGUAACAAAAAUAUACACAGUAUUUCUUAUUCCAUGUCUUAUUAAAUAAUUCAUGCAUCAUUGAAUGUAUCGGGCACAUUUAUUUCAAUAAAUUUAUAUUAAAAAUUAAUAUUUUUUUACAUUUGAAACACUCAUGCGAUGCGACUAUUCUAAUUCUAACUGCAAGAAAAUGCAAAUAACCGAUUACACACGCAACAUCAUUGAAAUGUAUGAAAAUAUUGAAAAAGAUGACAGACGAUAAACUUUAGAAAGACGUAAAAGAAUCCUUUUAGUUAAAUCAUUCUUUACUGAAAUAAUACACACACGCGCGCACACACACACAUACACACACACAUAUUGAAAUAAGUUUUUUUUGACAUGCAAAUAUUCCUACUCUAUAAUGUUACGAAUAGAUGUUAUUGUAAUUAUUGUUGGAUGUACUUUACAUAAAUAAAUA